UCGCAUUCUCAUUCUCAUCGUCUCCGCCGUGACGUUCCCGAGCCGAAGAAAUGCCGACCGUGAGCGUAGGCAGAGACCGCCUGUUCGCGGCGCUCGGAAGAACUUACACGCAGGAGGAGUUCGAGGAUCUGUGCUUCAGCUUCGGAAUUGAGCUUGACGAUGUGACGACAGAGAAGGCGAUCAUCAGAAAAGAGAAGCACCUGGAAGAAGAGGCUGAUGAAGACGAAGAAGUUAUCUACAAAAUUGAAAUUCCUGCUAAUAGAUAUGACUUGCUUUGCCUCGAAGGGCUUGCUCAGGCCCUACGUGUAUUCAAUAAGCAGGAGGACACACCUCAAUACAGUAUUCGUAACAUCAGCAAGGAAUCAAUGCUUAAGAUGCAUGUAAAACCAGAGACCUCACAAAUUCGUCCAUACAUUGUUUGUGCUGUUUUAAGAGGGAUAACUUUUGAUGAAGCCAGUUAUAACAGCUUCAUUGAUCUUCAAGACAAGCUCCAUCAAAAUAUUUGCCGGCGAAGAACACUGGUUGCAAUUGGGACUCAUGACUUGGAUACACUAAAAGGUCCAUUCAGCUAUGAGGCUUUGCCACCUUCCAGUAUAAGUUUCGUCCCCUUGAAGCAGGUGAAGAACUUCAGAGCUGAUGAACUAAUGGAAUUUUAUAAGUCAGAUAUGAAAUUGAAGAAGUUCUUGCACAUUAUAGAGAACUCGCCUGUAUUCCCUGUUAUCUAUGAUUCACAGAGAACUGUCGUGUCUCUGCCACCAAUUAUCAAUGGUGCACAUUCAGCGAUAACUUUAAAGACAAAAAAUGUUCUCAUUGAAUGCACUGCCACGGACCUAACCAAGGCUAAGAUAGUUCUAAAUACAAUGGUGGCAACCUUCUCUUCAUACUGUGAGAAGAAGUACGAAGUUGAACCAGUUGAAGUGAUAUACUCUAAUGGGGAGUCAUUCAUUUGUCCUGAUUUGUCCUUAUACAAUAUGGAAGUGUCCUUAUCUUAUGUCAACGAUUCAAUUGGAGCGACCUUGAAAGCGGAGGAGGUGACUAGCUUGUUGAACCGUAUGCAAUUAAGUGCCAAACACACUGUGCCAGAUGAGGGACCAUGUAACAUCACUGUGUCUGUACCUCCUACCAGAAGUGAUGUUCUACAUCCAUGUGAUGUUAUGGAGGAUGUGGCAAUUGCUUAUGGAUAUAAUAACAUUCCAAAAAGAAAGCCUGCAUCUUUGAAGCCUCUGCCCUUGAACCAGCUUACUGAUCUUAUUAGAUUGGAGAUUGGUAUGAAUGGGUUUACAGAGGUCUUGACAUGGCUAUUAUGCUCCCACAAGGAGAAUUUUGCUAUGUUGAACCGUAAUGAUGAUGGAUCAGCAGUAAUAAUUUCAAAUCCUCGUUCCUCUGAUUUUGAGGUAGUUCGAACAAGUCUUAUGCCUGGCAUAUUGAAAACAAUUGGUCACAACAAAGAUCAUCCAAAACCUAUUAAGAUUUAUGAAGUGGGUGACAUAGCACUGUUGGAUGUGGAAAAAGAUGUGGGUGCAACAAACCGUCGCCUUUUUGCAGCAUUAUAUUGUGGCGCUAACUCUGGAUUUGAGUUGAUUCAUGGCCUGGUGGACAGACUUAUGGAAGUGAUUGGAGUUCCUUUUGUUCCUGCUGGUGACAAUACAGGCUAUUAUAUAGAAAGAUCCAAUGAGCCCGAGUUUCUUUCCGGUAGGCAAGCAAGCAUCAUUUCCAAAGGAAAACAGAUAGGACAUUUUGGCAUCGUCCACCCUGAGGUGUUGAAGAACUUUGACAUUACAGAUCCGUGCUCUUUCGUGUCGCUAAACAUUGAGAAUUUCUUGGAUUUUUGACAAGCGUGCAGUGGAUGCCAAAGAUUAUUAUUGGACGGCUAAAUGAAUUGAUGCAAUUCCGAGUCAUGGAGGGGGAUUUGAGAUUGAAUCCAAUUCAGAUUGUCUUCCAUAUUUUAUGUGAUUCUCCACAUGUGGAGAAAAACUGGGCCUCCAUUUCUGUUAUCAAAUUUUGUAUUCUAACUUUUCGUUGAAUUGUUGACGCAUGAUACCCCUGAUGAGUGACCAUAGGGUGUAAAUGGAAUGACACCUUCAGGAAAA